AUGGCAAAACCAAAUCGCAAGCGAAGGUACACAAUAGCCAAGCGCCGGCGGAACCAAUGUCAGACCAUUCGACUUGUGAGUUUAUUGCAUAACUCUGUAAGGGAGGGCAUAUUUUCUUGCAGGAAAAAGUUCCUUAUUCUGGCCGCAACAAAGGUACUCUGCGAACUGCGCCCAAGCUUGGGAACUAGAGUUAGGAAAAAAGGCUUCGACCUAGUUGGCGCAGAAUUAUUAUAGUAGCUAUAUAGUUUUAAGGGUACCUACGAAGGCCAUGACGCCUCACAUAGUUCUACUAUACGGAGGCAAUAAGUUUAUAUAGUUCCGGAACAUUGUAUAGAGUGUAAAAUCGCAGGCUGCAGCCGGUUUUGAUGGGUAAGGGGGUACGUAAAAACGAAGCUAACUCACUAACUAAACCACUGUCCGGGCCUUGACAACGAUAAAUUGGGUCUGCAAGCCAAAUUUGGACUAAUUCUGAUCAGUUUCCGCAAGGUUAUAAAUUGUGGCCAGAACAAGGAACUUUUCCCUUUCUUGCCUAGUUUUUUUAACGCAAAGCUUUACGCGCUGUGAUGAACUGCGCCGCGAAAAAAACUCUACGAACUUUCGAAAAAGCGCAAUGUAUUUCCAUAAAGUGCGUAGACUUUUUUGUCGUUCACCGUAAGCGCAAUGCAUUUUUCAUUGCGGUUGUAAAGCGGUAAAGUUCGAGUGAGCCGGCGAAAAAGUGCCAUUUAGGAACAUUCCGUUUAUCACGGCCGUUCCUUUAUGAUAUCGUCUUAAAGAUCGUUGCUUUCAUCAUUAUGGAGCUCUUGCAUCUUUUCAGAAUCCCCCACCUCCAGCCGACCAGCCUCCCUUGAGCAAUACCCCCUCCAAAUCGAGCACGACCACUUCCACCGCCACGAGUUCCACUACCACAACCACAACUACAGAAAACACCAUCACAACCACCACUACGAUCACAACGAUCACCACGAUCACCACCAUUUUUCAGACUGAUUUGUAA